UCUUUUCGAGUUAAGAUGAAUUACAUGACAGCUGAAAUUGCGGCACCACAAUGUUCUGCACCGAGUGUGGGUAUUAUGAAUUCAUUGGUUACUUUAUUGGUGCAAAGUUUAUAUGCGGCUCAAUGUAAUAUCUCAAAAAGCGACUAUUGGCCACCAGAUUAUGCGGAGACAGCGUUGAAAUCUGGUUUGGAGUCUUAUGAUUUUGUAGUGGUUGGUGCAGGUUCUGCUGGCUCAGUAGUGGCCAGCCGUUUGAGUGAAAAUCCGAAGUGGAAGGUGUUAGUUUUAGAAGCAGGCGGUGAUCCUCCUCAAGAAUCAGAGAUUCCCAGUUUCUUUUUUGGUGUGCAAAAUACGAAUUUUACCUAUAGCUAUUUAUCGGAACCUAAUGGUAAGUCGUGCAAGGCUUAUAAAGAUAAUAGAUGUCACUGGCCUCGUGGUAAAGUAAUUGGAGGCACUGGUGCCAUCAAUGGCAUGCUCUAUGUGAGAGGCAAUCGUUUUGGUUAUGAUCGUUGGCUAGAGGAAGGCAAUACCGGUUGGGGCUUUGAUGAUAUUUGGCCAUAUUUUGAGAAAUCUAUAAGGCCGGUGGGCAAUGAAACACAUCCCCAAGGUUAUGUUGCUCUUAAUGAAUUCCCACGUUUUGAUGAGGACAUAUUCUCCAUGAUUUUCAAAGGCACCGGUGAGUUGGGCCUACCUAGAGUUGAGGAAUUUGGUGAAGGUAACUAUAUAGGUUAUGGCCAUGCCAAGGGUACUAUACAAAAUGGCCGCAGAGCCAGUACUGGAAAAGGAUAUUUGGGCAAAAUUUCCAAGAGGCCGAAUUUAAAAGUGAUUAAAAAUGCUCAAGUUACUAAAUUGGAAUUCGAUCACACAGGUCAAACAGUCAAAUCGGUGGAAUUUUUAAUAAAACAACGAGAUAAACUUAAAGUGGAAAUAAAGCGUGAGGUUGUUAUAUCAGCGGGCACCGUAGAUUCGCCUAAAUUGUUAAUGUUAUCGGGCGUGGGCCCAGAACAGAAACUGAAAUCUUUAAAUAUUCCGGUUAUGAAAAAUCUAUCCAUAGGAGAAAAUUUGCAAGAUCAUGUCAUGAUUCAAGUAUAUCUACGCCUGCCAGCUAAUCCUCCGGAUCAGAAACAAUUACUGGACACUAUUUAUCAAUAUUUAAUACAUAACAGAGGACCUUUAACAUCCCAUGGUACUGCCUCUUUAACAGGUUUCAUCAAUACAAAUUUUUCAACAAAUUCUACUUAUCCCGAUAUGCAAUUCUUUCAUAUUAUUACUAGACGGGGCGAUAGCAAUGGCUUGGAUAUACUUUUAAAUGGUUUCAAAGUAAAAGAUGACUUAAGGCCUUAUUUUAGAGAGAAUAUAGAAAAUUUCGAUAUGAUGACCAUAUUUUCAGUUUUAGCCCAUCCCAAAUCCGUGGGAGAUAUAACACUUAAAUCUUCUACUCCUCAAGAUCCGCCCAUAAUCAAUGCAAAUUAUUUAUCAGCUCAAGAAGAUGUAGAAGUUUUGCUACAAGGCAUGGCAUAUUUAAUGAAGUUGGAACAAACCCAAGCCUUCAGGGAAAAACAGGUUGAAAUCCUACAAAUACCCAUUAAGGAAUGUGAUCAAUUUGAAUUUAAAACGGAGCCGUAUUGGAGAUGUUAUUUUACUUAUUUCUCUAGCACUAGUUAUCAUCCGGUAGGUACAGUUAAAAUGGGUCCUUUGGAUGAUAAUAGUGCAUGUGUGGAUCCUAGACUAAAGGUUAAGGGUGUGAAUAAUUUACGUGUGGUUGAUGCUUCAAUAAUGCCUUAUGUUCCUAGUGCUAAUAUAUAUGGUCCGACUAUUAUGAUUGCGGAAAAGGCAGCGGAUCUUAUUAAGGAGGAUUGGUCUGUCCAAUACUGAUUGAGUAUUGAGAAAUUUCGGAGCGAUGGUUUUAAUUUACAAGUUUUUCGAUUUUUUUGAAAUAUAUUUUAAGAUCACAUUUUAAUCAGUCCAAUUAAUUUGAUUUUGUUUUUAAAUUUAAUAUGAAUAAAAUAUAAAUAAAAUGCUUGAUUUACAAAAUUUUAGCCCCUUAAUUUGUAAAUCACAAACACAA